AUGGCUCCAUUACGCCUCCGCGUCGAGGGUCAGUCAUUUCGAGACCCUCACAACAGAGAGAUUACCCUACGGGGGAUCAACGUCGCGGCCGAUGCCAAAUAUCCCAAGAACCCCGACACACCCUCAUACAUUGCGGACAAGUUCUUCGAUGGGGACAAUGUCUCAUUUGUUGGACGGCCUUUCCCGCUGAACGAUGCCCAUACCCAUUUCAAGAGACUGAGGAAAUGGGGAUACAAUACAAUUCGAUACAUCUUUACUUGGGAGGCUAUUGAGCAUGCGGGACCCGGACUCUAUGAUAACGAGUGGAUUGAUUUCACUAUUGAGGUGCUCCGGAUUGCCAAGCAAUAUGAAUUCUAUAUCUUUAUGGAUCCGCAUCAGGAUGUGUGGUCUCGGUUCUCGGGUGGUUCUGGAGCCCCAAUGUGGACGCUCUAUGCAGCAGGUCUGAACCCUAAGACCUUCAAGACGACGGAGGCUGCCCUGGUGCAAAACACCUAUGGUAUUCCUGCAGAGUUCCCGAAGAUGAUUUGGAGCACGAACUAUACUAGAUUGGUUUGCCAGACCAUGUUCACGUUGUUCUGGGCUGGAAGGGACUUUGCUCCUAAAGCUGUGAUCGAUGGGGUCAACAUUCAAGACUAUCUUCAGCGUCACUUCAUUGACGCAUGUGCCCACUUAGCACAGAAGAUCCACGAUGCAGGAGAUCUUGAGGGCGACGUGGUAAUCGGCUGGGAGAGCAUGAAUGAGCCUCAUCGCGGUAUCAUUGGAGUACAAGACAUAUCGGUGGUCCCGCCAGAGCAACAGCUUCAGCUUGGAACAUCUCCUACUCCAUUCCAGGCUAUUCUCACCGGCUCUGGUCGGGCUUGCGAGCAGACGACAUGGGCUUUUGGUAAUUUUGGCCCUCACAAGACUGGCACCGAAUUAGUGGAUCCCGCAGGAGACACGGUCUGGCUCCCAGCUGAUUACGACGAUACCAAAUAUGGCUGGAAGCGCGACUCAGGGUGGAAACUUGGGGAGUGCAUUUGGGCACAGCAUGGGGUGUGGGACCCAUCUACUGAUACGCUCCUGCAGAAGGACUACUUCUCAAAGAAUCCUCAGACCGGCAAAGCAUUGGACUAUGAAAAGUUUACCAACUCCUACUUCUUGGAUCAUUACCGGGCAUUCAAGGAUGCUAUUCGGGGCAUCUGGUCUGACGCAAUAAUGUUUUGCCAACCGCCUGUCAUGGAGAUCCCACCGGAUGUCAAGGGCACUUCUGAUGAUGACCCUAACAUGGUCCAUGCAGUGCAUUACUAUGACGGAUUAACUCUUAUAACAAAGCACUGGAAUCGCCUAUACAAUGUGGAUGUUAUUGGCGUUCUUCGAGGCAAGUACCUGACCCCGGCAUUUGCUCUCAAGAUUGGCGAGUCGGCCAUUCGAAACUGUCUGCGUGAUCAACUCAAGUUCCUCCGCGAAGAGAGUCGGAACUAUAUGGGCUCCCAUCCUGUCGUCUUCACGGAGAUUGGAAUCCCCUACGACAUGGACGAUAAGUAUGCAUACAAAACUGGCGACUAUAGUAGCCAAACCAGCGCCAUGGAUGCCAAUCACUUUGCCUUGGAAGGCAGUACGUCUAACGGUUUUACGCUCUGGGUAUACGUCACACAAAACGACCACGAAUGGGGUGACCAAUGGAACGGGGAGGAUCUAUCCAUCUACUCCCUUGACGAUCUAGAACUGCCCAGCAGCGCUCGAUCCGCCAAUCCACUUUCCCCGGCUUAUUCCGAAAGCCAAAGUAGUGGAGACGAGCCGGAUGUCGGACCUAGCAAUCUCAAGGGUGCUAUAGCAAGUCCAUCAAUCUCUAGUGAGCGGUCUCAAUCCUUGUCUGUCCGAGAGGGGCAGGGGUACCGUGCGGCAGAGGCAUACCUCCGUCCCAACCCAACCUAUGUCAGUGGCAAGUUGGAUAGUCACGUUUUCGACCUGAAGAACUGCACAUUCACCCUCUCAUUGACGGCCAAGGGGCCUACUUCAGCCAACGCUCCGACAGAGAUAUACCUUCCAGACUUCCACUUCCCCAAGACCAACAUUGCCGUGACGGUCAGUGGAGGUAAAUGGGAUAUUCAUGAUGAAGACAUCCAAGGAGUCAAGUUGCAGCAUCUGCGAUGGUGGCAUGCAGAGGGACAGCAAGAUAUCAAGAUUGAGGGAUUGAAGCGAAAGCCCGGCGAUGUCACGAACUCGGAAGGUGAAGACGUUUCUUAUUUAGAGCAAUGCCAGAAGGGCGAAUGUGCUGUGAUGUGA